UUCCGUGAGCGUUGAUAUGAUUGGCCGGCGGAAGAUAGUUCUCUUUUCCUUCCUGGCUGCUUGAAGAUUAGCCGUCAUUAUGAACGACACGGUAACUAUCCGCACAAGGAAGUUCAUGACCAACCGACUACUUCAGCGGAAACAAAUGGUCAUCGAUGUUCUUCAUCCUGGGAAGGCAACAGUACCUAAGACAGAAAUUCGGGAAAAACUAGCCAAAAUGUACAAGACCACACCAGAUGUCAUCUUUGUGUUCGGAUUCCGAACCCAUUUUGGUGGUGGCAAGACAACUGGCUUUGGCAUGAUUUAUGAUUCCUUGGAUUACGCAAAGAAGAAUGAGCCCAAACACAGGCUUGCAAGACAUGGCCUGUACGAGAAGAAAAAGACCUCGAGAAAACAGCGAAAGGAACGCAAGAACAGAAUGAAGAAAGUCAGGGGGACUGCAAAGGCCAAUGUUGGUGCUGGCAAAAAGAAAUGAAGUGUCUAGCAGUGAGCUGGAGAUUGGACAACAGAAGGAAUAAAGACUCUGCAGUGACUGUAUCUGUGGUGAUUGUGCAGAUUUUUCAUGAGAGAGUUAAUAAACUAAGACUUUUUACAUA